AAAAGAGUAGUUGAACAACUCCGAAAAAAUUUAAUGGUAAAGCAGGAACAGACUGAUAGUAAGUUUCAAAUACAGCCAUUGGCACAGACAGAAAAUAAAAUACAAACAUCACAGCCUCUACAGCAGCAGCAGCAGCAGCAGCUACAGCAGCAGACCACUGCACCCUCUCCAAACCUGCUUGGAUCACAGAAAACUGUAACUACAGCUUCUAUGAUCACCACUAAGACACUACCUCUUGUUCUGAAAGCAACAGCAACCAUGCCUGCCUCUGUUGUGGGUCAAAGACCUACAAUUGCCAUGGUGACUGCCAUCAACAGCAGCCAGAAAACUGUCCUUAGCACUGAUGCACAGAACACGCCUGUCAACCUCCAGACAACAAAUAAAGUCACUGGUCCAGGAACAGAGGCAGUACAAAUAGUGGCAAAAAAUACAGUCACAUUGGUUCAAGCUACAGCUCCUCAGCCUAUCAAAGUGCCACAGUUCAUCCCUCCUCCCAGACUUACUCCUCGUCCAAAUUUCCUUCCACAGGUUCGACCAAAACCAGUUGCCCAGAAUAAUAUACCUAUAGCCCCAGCCCCACCUCCUCCUAUGCUUGCUGCUCCUCAACUUAUUCAGAGGCCUGUGAUGUUGACCACAAAGUUCACUCCGACCUCCUUACCUUCUACCCAGAAUUCCAUCCACCCAGUUCGUGUUGUGAAUGGGCAAACAGCAACCAUAGCCAAAACUUUUCCAAUGGCACAACUCACCAGCAUUGUUAUAGCAGCCCCAGGUGCCAGGCUUGCUGGACCUCAGACUCUACAGAUCAGCAAACCAAAUGUUGAGAAGCAGACAGUCAAACCCCAAGUAGAAAAAGAGGAGAAGCCAACAGAGAUUCAUACUGUUACCUCUCCUGCACCUCCCAAGCCAAAACGAGAAGAAAACCCACAGAAACUUGCCUUUAUGGUUUCUCUUGGACUAGUUACGCAUGAUCAUCUGGAAGAAAUACAAAGUAAAAGACAAGAAAGAAAACGAAGAACCACAGCAAAUCCAGUUUACAGUGGAGCUGUUUUUGAGCCUGAGCGCAAGAAGAGUGCGGUCACAUACUUGAACAGCACAAUGCAUCCUGGGACACGUAAACGAGGUCGUCCACCUAAAUACAACACUGUGCUGGGAUUUGGGGCUCUGACCCCCACAUCCCCUCUGUCCAGCCAUCCCGAUUCCCCUGAAAAUGAAAAGGCAGAGACAUUUACUUUCCCUGCAACUGUUCAGCCUGUAUCCUUACCCAGCCCCAGCUCAAUGGACGGUGAUAUCCAUGAAGAUUUUUGCAGUGUUUGCAGGAAAAGUGGCCAGCUACUUAUGUGUGACACAUGCUCACGUGUAUAUCACUUGGACUGUCUAGACCCACCUCUGAAAACUAUCCCUAAGGGCAUGUGGAUUUGUCCCAAAUGUCAAGACCAGAUGCUGAAGAAAGAAGAAGCAAUUCCAUGGCCAGGGACUUUAGCAAUUGUUCAUUCAUAUAUUGCAUACAAAACAGCAAAAGAAGAGGAAAAACAGAAAUUAUUAAAAUGGAGUUCAGAUUUAAAGCAGGAAAGGGAACAAUUAGAACAGAAAGUCAAACAACUCAGCAAUUCUAUAACAAAAUGUAUGGAAAUGAAGAACACAAUCCUGGCAAAACAGAAGGAAAUGCACAGUUCGUUGGAGAAGGUAAAACAGUUAAUUCGCCUCAUCCAAGGCAUCAACCUUUCCAAAUCCAUAAACUCUGAGGGCAGUUCAGCAGCCAUCUCCAAUGGCACGGACUCCGCCAGUAACGUGACAGCGGCCACCUCCGCCCCAGCCUCUUCCCCCUCCCAGAGCUGCAUGGUGAACUGUAAGAAGGGCAAUGAGACUAAAUAACAGAGCACAAUAAGAAGGAGCCUGAGGAGAUGGCAGCAAAGCAGAAGAACAUAACAGACCCUCUAGAAAAGGAAAUGGAUUUCUUCUGGAAAAUACAAGAAACUCUUUAGUUCCAGAAAGAGUAUGAAGAUGCUCGUGCCGGGCGGCACCAAGUUUGCCAAUUGAUCCUUCUUAUUCUGUGUGUACGUGCAAAGUUUGGACCAUGUUACAUGAAUAGUGCCAGCUGGAGGUUCUUAGCCAGCACCAUGCCAAGUUAAAUAAGAUAUUUACUCUCUAUAUUUUACACCAGAGUGUGCCUGCAGCAGCCUCCACAGCCACUAUAGGUUUGUUUUUUUAUUUUUAUUUGGGGGUAGGGAGCAGGGAGCAGCAGGUUUCAGAUCUUAUCUAUAGGCCAGUUUUUGUUUAGCUAGGGGAACUUCAAAUCCAAAGAGCCUGCGGGCUUUUUCUGUUUCUAAAUUGUCCAUACUACUAAACCAAAAAUGCAAAAAUAAGAAUUAACAAAUCCUAGUAUCUUAAAAGGGGGAUGGGGGAGGGGAUAAAAACUUUUAUCUAGUAAGCAGUAUUUACCACUGUUUUUUUCAGAAAAACACAACAAAGGAUCAGGAAGGAUUUUUCAGUAAGUAUCCAAAAGGCUGAAGAUUACUAGACUGGCAGCUUUGGGUUGUCGUCCCUCCCCCCCACUUUCUCUCUCUUAAUGCAUUCAGAAAAUAUAUUCAGAUGCAAAUAAAAUGCAUUGUUGAUUUAGUUGCUACAUUAAGAAGGAAGCUUUUACUGAGGUAGGGAAGGAGACUAAUAUGAUCAGCCUGCAUUUUUAUAAAGCAGGCCAUGAGUGAAAAGAAUUUUUUUUUCUCUUUUUGGUACAUUUGUCCAGCAAAAACAGUAUCCCAAACAGCACAACACAUGUCCCUAAUGUAUUGCCCAAAUAGGUAAAAUGCCUGUUUCCUUCGUUCCUUUCUCUUUGGGUUACAAAUGUAAGGAAUAGAAAAAAACUCUUUUUUUUUUUCAGGCUGACAGUCCAAUAAAAAGGUAGAUGGGACCUUGCAUGGUAUAGAUUAGAAGUAAUAGUGUCAGUGAGAUACAGUGAGUCGUUGUGAGUCCGUGUGUCAUCGUUUUGGGCACUGUUUUUUAUGCAAGGGCAAAUCUUUGUAUCUGGGGAAAAACAACUUUUUUUAAAUUAAAAAAAGAAAAAAGAUAUUGAGGUCUUCCUAGUGUUACUUAAAAUAAGAUCAAGGUAAGAAACAUUGUAAAAAAUUACAAAAAGUGCUAUUUGUUUCCUAAACAAGUGAUUUCUAUUAAAAAGGUGUCAGAACUGGAGUAAAUUCUGUGUACUUAGAUUUUUUUUAAAAAGAAAAAAAAACAGAUUUUAUUUCUGGUAUUGCCAUAAUGCUGUGGUUUCAGUUUGAAAAUGCCUUGGGGUGGAUAUCUUGAUAUUGUCAUGCCAUUGAAAUAGCCUUCACAAUUAAAACUGAAUCUGAGCUGAAACCAUUUUUUUAAACUAAGGGGAUUUUUUCUCUCUGUAAAAGCACAGAGAAUAGCAUUGACAGCAUUAAUCAUUUUUAUUCUAUUGCAAUAUAGCACCUAAGCUGAGGGAUAACACUUCUUUAUCUUACUUUUUAAGAUAAUUGUCAAACUAAUCCUGCAAUGAUCAAAAGGCUGAUGCUGGACAUCAAAUCUGUAAGCUUGAAAUAGCCAGUUUUGUAUAUAUCAGUGCAAUCACCCAACAUGUUUUUUGUGGCAGAACUCAUGUCACUAAAUCAUGACAAUGUGGACCCAAACAUUAUCUGGAUACAUGUUAGCAGAACUCUUAUUUCUGCUAAUCACUAGUGGUACAGGUGCGCUUAUUCUACAUUAAAGAUCUAUGCAUCAUUAUGCACUUUAUUUGUACAUUCAUUUCAAGUUCGCUAGUUAUUGUAGCAGUUCUGUUUUUCUUGUGGCUUCCAUUCUUGUCCCUGAAGCUUUAGUCAUUU